AUGUCUUCAAAGUUUGCAUACUUCCUGGCGGCACUCUUAGCGAUCCUCUGCUUGGCGCAACAUUUCGAGGAUACCUCAGCUGUAAAAAUUCAACGCAUUCAACGCGUGUUGACCCGCGAUGAAAUUGCAGCUAGAAGAGAAACUCAACACAACACCAACAAUCGUUUGAGCUACACGAAGCAAGGUGGCAAUAACGAUGAUGAUGAUGACGAUAACGAUAACGAUAACGAUGAUGAUGAUGAUAAUCAUCAUGAAGUAGAUGGAACCGAUGAGGCUAAUGAAGAUUCCUAUAACAAUCCACAAGUUUUGAGAGACGAUGCACAAAAUAACGCUGAAGGUGCAGAGAGUGAACAGGCUAAUGCUGAAGAUGGCAACGAUGUAGAG